UGUCAGUGUGAGCAGCCUUCCCCCCCCCCUCCGCAGAUGGUACAGUCUUGGUUCAUUCAUAAAAUUCUAGCAGAGCAUAAAAGGAGGGGCUUGCAUCCUAGUCGUCCAGUUACCAGGUAUAUACCUGGAGAAAAAGACCCGAGCCGCUCUGCCCAGCGGAAGGCCAGAGUCAUAUUUGUCAUUGAUUCGGUGUUUUUUUUUUUUUUUUCUCUUUCCAUCCUCGUGAUGUAUCAUAACAAGCUGACGCCUGACAUGGAUUCAGUCUCUCCCACCUGCCGGACAGAGGAGGCUCCUGUCGGGACACUCUCCUCCCAGAAGACGCCAGAAGAGGCGAGCUCUCCAUCCUCCUCCUCCUCAGAGAGCAGUGCAAAGGACCUCUGCGAGGACGUGAGCAUUGAAGAUGCUCCAUUUGUUCCAACAGUCACUGCAAUUUCCUCUACCCCAGAUUUCCAGUGGAUGGUCCAGCCUACGAUUAUUACAUCUGUCUCCCCGUCUCUGGGUAGCCAGCAAGCCAAUGAACCACAAAGCUCUCAGCAGGCAACACCCAAAGUGGGCGGGAGUAAGGGCAAAAAUGCUGUCAGAAAGGGGAAAACAGAGCAGCUGUCUCCAGAGGAGGAAGAGAAGAAGAGGGUAAGGAGGGAGAGGAAUAAAAUGGCUGCAGCAAAGUGUCGCAACAGACGGAGGGAGCUCACAGAUACACUGCAAACUGAGACAGACAAGCUGGAGGAGGAAAAAGCAGCCCUGGAGAUGGAAAUAGCCAACCUCCUCAAAGAGAAAGAACGGCUUGAAUUCAUCCUUGCCACACACAGACCAGUGUGCCAGAUGUCAGAAGAGUUGGAGUCUAUUUUCCAGGUGCCCACGGGGUCCCCAGAGCUGCCGCCCAGUCCGGACGAGGACAGACUUCCAGAGGAUGGCACCCAGGAAGCUCCUUCGCUCCAGGACAUGGACAUCCCCAGUGAUCCGUCCACAGCCAUCUCUGGGAACUCCAACAUCUUGCUGUGUGCCAGCGCUGAAAUCAACAUCUGCGAUCUUGAGCCCUCUCUGGACAUUAAAGAAGGGCUGCUAGAAAACAUGCUGCCCAGUUUGGAGGAGAGAACCCCCAUGGAGACGGCUCGAUCCGUGCCAGACAUCGAUCUGAGCAGUUCCCUCGGGGUCUCGGACUGGGAGACCCUGUACAAGUCUGUCUCCAGCGACCUGGAGCCUCUCAGCACUCCCGUGGUGACCUCCACCCCCACCUGCAGCAGCUACCUGUCUGUGUUCACAUUCGCGUGUCCCGAGCUGGACUCUUUCACAGACGGGCUGGACAGUCACAAAGGUGGAGGGGGCAAGUCUGAAUCUGUCGAUCUGCUCAACUCCCCAACUCUCCUCGCCUUAUAAUGUACAGAGGGAAGUGAUCUGUGCGAUCUCUCUGGUGUUUCUGUUUUGCAGGGUUCCUGACUUUGAAAUGAUAUGAACAACAUUAUGCCACAGUACGCUGUAACACUUCAAGGAAUACAUUCACGAAAUGUCUUGUGUGUUGACUAAGCAAACAUAUAAACUUUCUCCAGAUACAUAGCCAACAGAGUGAUGUAGCGAAAAGCAUGGCUUUUACUUUUACAGGAGGUGGACUUGAAGUUAGUUUUGAUUUU